CCACUUUUUCCUUCCCUUUCCCACACGCCACUGCACUCUCUCUUUUCGCCCUUUUAUUGUUUUUAUCAUCUGUUUCUACAGUUAUCGACGUAGCCAUACCAACGAUAUCUGCCGAGUCCUGCCUCCAACACUCACAAAGCGUUAUCCUUUGGAGCCAGCAUCCACAUAUGACGAUCAGCCAUCCGUUUCAAGUCACAUUCAGUCGAGUGUCGAGAACGACAUCGCUACGAUGCUCUCUGCAAAGGCAAGUGCACCCCCUGGCCUUCGUCUGGUGCGGUAUUUCUGCUGUAAGCCUGGCUCACCCAACGUCGAAACCUACUACAGAGUUUUCAUCCUGAGCGCCACCUUUCUUGCCUACACAUGUUACCACAUGACACGACGUCCCAUCAGCGUUGUCAAGGCCGUCUUACAUCAAGACUGCCGUACUGCCCCUCCCGAUACGAACAUCAUUGUGACUCUGAACAAUAGCAAGACUUGGUGCGAUUGGGCUCCUUUCAAUGGUGACAAUGCUAAUACUCUGUUGGCCACCCUCGAUUCUGUGUACCUCUUCAGUUACGCCGUCUGUAUGUUCAUCAGUGGGUUCGUAGCAGAACGUGUAAACUUGCGUUAUUUCCUUGCGUUAGGAAUGUUACUAAGUGCGUUGACAACGCAUCUCUUUGGCUUGGGCUACAGUCUAGCCAUACAUAGUUUCGCUUAUUACUUGGUUGUACAGAUGCUUGGUGGCGCUUUCCAAAGCACAGGAUGGCCCAGUGUGGUUACUUGUGUGGGGAACUGGUUCGGAAAAUCCAAGCGAGGGCUCAUAUUCGGCGUCUGGAAUGCGCACACGUCAGUGGGGAACAUUGUUGGGGCUUACGUCGCGGGGGCGUUCGUCGAAUACAACUGGGGACUAUCAUUUGUGGUGCCUGGCGCAAUCUUUGGGGCCAUGGCGGUGCUGGUCGUGUUGUUUUUGCCUCCCUACCCCGAGGAGGUUGGAUGUAGGCCGCCACGCAGGAGUUCAACGGAUUCCGUACUACAAGCGUCCAUGUCAACGACAACUGGUGAGAUGCCCGGAGACACCUCGUGUGCAUCAGAGGAAGACGGAACCCUUGACAGCGAAGAACGGUCCUUGCUCGAGAGCCGCUUCAAGAAAGAGAGCGAGAAGAAAGCUGUAACCUUCUUUGCAGCCCUCCAGAUUCCUGGAGUGGUUGACUUCUCGUUAGCCCUGUUCUUUGCGAAGCUGGUGAGCUACACCUUUCUCUUCUGGCUGCCACUUUACAUUCACGCUUCGACGCACUUUGAUUCUGAGCAGUCCGCAUUCCUGUCGUCUCCUUUUGACUACGGUGGGAUCGUCGGUGGAAUUCUCGCUGGCCACAUUUCUGACAGGUCCGGGGCCAGUGCCCUGACUUGCGUGGUUUUCCUGGUUGCAGCCGUGCCAAUGAUGUUCAUCUACCAAGCCUACGGGACUGCUAGCCUUGUAUCCAACGUUUUGUUGCAACUUGUGGUUGGCCUACUCAUCAAUGGACCAUAUGCCCUCAUCACCACGGCAGUUUCCGCAGAGCUGGGAACUCAUAGCAGCAUUUCGGGCAGCUCGAAAGCCCUGGCAACGGUUACAGCCAUCAUCGAUGGGACUGGAUCUCUCGGAGCAGCCGUGGGACCACUAUUUGCGGGUCUACUUCUCGGUUAUGGCUGGAAUUCAGUCUUCUACAUGAUGAUGAUGUCGGAUCUGUUGGCCGUGAUAUGCCUUUUACGGGUAACAAAGCGAGAAAUUGAGCGGUUACGGCCGGGAAAAGCGUUUUGCCUGAAUUAAGCGUCGUGUGUUUAGCUGUGAUGUUCUUCUCACUUGUGCUGAGAAAGCUGCCCAAGAAAGAUUGUGGGCUGUUGUAUGACACAGCUACCACUCUGGACCUUGUCUUUCGUAGCACCUUUCAGGUAUAUGUAUAAUAUGUACAAAAGUGCUUCGAUAUGUAGUCUUGCUGUGCAGCCAAUCCUGUGUGAUGCGAUUUAUUGCUGAUUAUGUACAGACCGUUGGAAAUCUUUUAGCAGACACCUGCUGUUUUUGUAUGUAUAUUAUAUGUAACAUAGUGGAAAGUAUGUUUCGAAGGCACGUGGUUUUUAUUGUGCACCUCGUCUACAUGUACAUUUGUAAUAUAGAAUAUAGAUCACAGUCACUGACAUUGCACUGUAGCUAUUUAUUUGUGUUGAUGUACAGACAUGCCUAUCAUACGUGUUAAUUGUGAGUUCACAUAAGGCUUUAUUUGAUCAUCUGCCAUACAUUAUCCAUGUAUCAAUUCUUCAAUUAUGUCUGCUCAGAAUCCUGAUUCUAAGUACCUCUAUCGCUGUAGUGAGAUAGAGGAGUGCAUGCUCUUGAUGAAGUGCGUACAUCUGUGAAAUAUAUAGCCAUCGACAACAGGGCCUUAUGAGAUCAGUGUAUAUACUGGAAUAUAUUAAAAUACAUAUUUGGAUGACA